AUGGACAUCUUGGGUCCGGAUGUCAUCCAACACCUAGCCCAGUGGCUUCCUCAGCAAGACCUUCUUCACUUGGCUCUCACAAACAAAUCUUUCUACGGCUUGCUCCACCCCAAAAUCUAUGAGGUGGUGGUAGUAGACUCUUCCAGAACACAGUUUGACGACAUUUUCUCGGACUCCUGUCAUGAAUGGUUUGUCUACCACGAAUAUCCAUGUGAACCCACAGUUAUCAGGACUCUUUACUCCAUCACUCGUUUCUUCAAGAACUUGAUUGAAAACCCACAUUAUGCCAGGUAUGUCACCCAGUUUGUCGUGGAGGAGAACUUUCCCGACGUGCCUGAGCUUGAGCUAAACCAAUAUCUUCUGCAAAUACUCCCCCACAUGUCCAAUAUCAACGUGUUUAGUUGGUCUUCCCUCCAUUAUCCCAUCGAAGCUCAGCUAAUGUCAUUGUUCCCCAACCCUGAUAGACUCCAAACCCUAUGGGGAAAUUUCCGUUUUUCGGAGAGUGGGUUUCCCUGUGCACAAUUUGAACGUCUCCACAAUUUGGGAAUAUCCAAUUUCAAAAAGGACAAGGUGUUGGAAUCCAUAGACAUGUCCCUGUUUGCUUCUAUUAAAACGUUAACGAUAUCGAAAAAAACUACCGGUCGUCGGAAAUCAUUCACUUCACAGCUCGAGACUUGCUGUCAAAGUUCUUUAAGCAGUACGAUCGAACCCCUUCUGUUUUCAGAAAGGCCCACUUUCAUCUCAUCGCUUUUCAACUCUCCUUUAAUUGAAAAGCUCUGUUUAACAUCUCUACACUUAAAAGAUAUUUCUCUUACACGCCAAGAUGCAGAUUCUUUGCGAGAGAAUAUCAACCUCCAGACAUUAGAACAUUUGUCCUUGGAUAAUUGCGUCGAAUGUCUAUUUGAAAACAGCUCGUCUUUUCCAAACAUAAAUCCUUCAAGAAGAAGACAUCCACCAUCAGAGUUGUUCCUUGAAGUUCUAUCCCCAGAUCUUGUAUCUUUAAAACUGUUGAAUCUCAACCUAUCGAACGAGCUUUGCUUUAAUAGGGUCACAGUCAGAACUAUCUCUCAACUCCAUGGCUUACAGAAGCUCAGCAUUCACAUCAAAGUUUUCAAAACAGACGAGCAGGUCAAUUUGGCACCAAUCGUGAAUGCUCUUCAAACGCAUGCUCAGUCGCUAGUAUACUUGAAUCUUUGUUGUGAUAUAGUGGAGUCUUCCGUGUCUGUUUGUCCCAAGAAAAACUUUCGCUACGCCUUGAAAUUGGUAAUUGGGCUUUCUGCGCUUACCAAGUUGCAAGUUUUGAAGUUGCCCAUAUCAUAUAAUCAAAUAGCUGACUUCCCAAAACUAUUGUCAUCUUUGGAGAAUUUGAAAAUUUUGCAACUAGGAAUAGCGCAUCUGGAUUGUAUUCCUUCGAAAGCUGCAUGUUUUGGAUGUGAUGAGUACGUUCUUGGUUCCGUGAAUUCACUUAUUAGUGACGAUUAUUUCAAAUGCUCAACAUCAUUCUCAACAAGAAUGGAAGUGAAUAAGAACCAGCAAUACCUUCAGUUCUCCAAAAUAUUUAGAUCAAUGUUUGAGAACCUCAAGUUCCUUCGCUUCGAUUUACGAAACGAAUCUCUUCUUUACGACGUCUCCGAUAAGAUGGGCAUCACAGCUCAAAAUUCAUCAUUACAAAAGUUCGACAUGAUUGUUAAAAUGAUUGUCUAG